CUCACCUGUGCCACCCACCUGUGCCCAUAAGUGCUGUCCACCUUGCCACCCACCUGUGCCCAUCAGUGCCACCCAUCAGUGCCACCCUUCAGUGCUGCCCGGCAGUGCCGCCCAUCAAUGCCCAUCAGUGACGCCUAUCAGUGCAGCAUCAUCAGUGUCAGCUUAUCAGUGCUGUCUAUCAAUGCCGCCUAUCAUCCUAUCAGUGCCCCCUAUCAGUGCCCAUUAGUGCUGCCUAUCUGUGCCCAUCAGUGCUGCCUAUCCAUGCCACCUCAUCAGUGCCCAUCAGUGCUGCCUAUCUGUGCCCAUCAGUGCUGCCUAUCAGUGCAGCCUCAU